UUUAUCAAGUGAGAUGCCAUUGUAUCAUCCGCUUUUCCGGUUGUUCGUGUGAACUGUUCACUGCUCAGCUAUAUUAGCCAAAGUUGGAUUUAUAUUUACUGACAGCAGUACAGAAUUUUACAGUGACAGUCUCUUUUUCACAACAUGCCAAGAGUACAGAUGAAGAAAAUGGCACACAGUCUAGUCAAGGAUGAUUAUGAAACGUUUCAGCCCAUCUAUUUCCAAGAUGACAACGAGGACCACCUUCACGCUGGAACGCCAGCUCCCAGCGAGGAUAUAUGGAAGAAAUUUGAGUUAUUGCCGACGCCGCCUCGGUCACCUCGCCGAGAUAGGGAACCGCCUAAUAUAACUAUACCGUCGGAUAUUAACACAACGGAGUGUCUGUACAAAGUAAGCGAACUUCUGGACGACGAUUUCCUCACACAGACCCAGAUCAUACUGUUUCCUGGUUCAACGGAACAAGGCAGCGAAUCCCAGUGUCAUUGCCCACCCCCUGCUAAAGAAGACACAAGUGCCCGUUGUCUCGGACUAUGUUGCACAAAUCUCAAGUCAAAGCUUAUUCAGGACUGUAUGUGGUCAGGGUCUCAAGACCAGAAGGUAGAGAAAUGUGAACCGAGUCUGAAGACCCCAGCUACCGCUCCUAGUGUGGAUAUCAAUGCAAGCACAGACUGUGUCGACCCCACGGCUGUGUUCCCAUACCCUAUCAAUGACAACAGGAGAAGUAAAACACAUCACCUGGGGACAGAAACGCCUUCAGAUUCAGAGGAAGAAAUAGAUGUGGUCACUGUGCAGGUGCCCCCACCUGCAACCAGUAGUCGGUCAGUUAAGAAGACGGUGGUCCAAACCAGCACAAUACCACAGAGAACAUUGUACCCCUCAGCUCUGGACCAACACUCGUACUCUCAGCCCCCCUCCCCCAGGAAUACUACCUCCGCCACGUCAUUCAGUCUAAAGCGCACAAUGCGAUCCGUCUCUAUGCCAAACUCACCUCAGCCUCAGAAGAAAGUCAAGAGAGAGUUGAGUAUCCCGGAGUUGAAGUCUGCCAUGCGGAAGCUUCAGGCUACAGGAGGACACAGUUACAGCAAGCACUCUGGCAGUCGGUCCAGCUCUGAUAAUGAGGAAGGAUUUGAAGGUGGUAAAAGGACUCAACACAAUGUUCUUGAAAGGAAAAGGCGCGAUGAUUUGAAAUGUAGCUUUUUGAGGCUCCGUGACAGUGUUCCAGAACUGCAAGCACAAGAAAGGGCUGCUAAAGUGGUCAUUCUCAAAAAAGCUACAGAAUACAUUUUAGCCCUGAAUAGAGAGGAGAGGAAACGUGAACGAGAGCUCAGUGAAGAAAAAGACAGACAUGAGCAGUUAAAAAGGAGGUUAAACUUUUUAAAACAGUCUAUAUGAGGAGAAAAUAACUCAUGAAGAUGUAAAUGUAUAGUUUUGGAGGAAAGUAGUUCUUGAGAUGACCAGAGGAAAAAAAAAAGUUUCAGAUGAAAUUUGGCUUUGGCUGGUAACACCAAGAAGUUUUUAAGGUGUGGAAAAGCAUUUUUGUUGAAAAGCAGGCAUAUUUUCAUGCUAUGCUUCUCACUUAUGUUAGGGUUACAACAGUUUCUUCCUAUUUUUGUUACUUGUACAUAAGUAAAUAGUAUUUUAAGUUUAUUAUUCUUUUGUAAUGUGCACUCACAUCCUCUUGAGCAUAAAAUUAACAAUUUGGGGAGAUUGAUCAACCAUUUGUACAUUUGUAAAUGUGUAUUAUAAACAGAUCCUAUAUAAAUACCAUCUUUUCAUUUGUAAUUUUAAUUAAAGAUUGAACCGGUGUGUGUUUUAAUAUUAGGUGUAUGCGGGCAGACACAACCAACUUAUCAGUCCUUUUCAUAUCAUUGAUUUGAUUAGCGGUUCUCAUUGGAGAUCAUUCCUGUUUUUGUUUUUUUUUCUUUUUUGCGUUGAGUUACUGUGUGAAAAAGCUCAUCAAUGAAAUUGAUAAUUUUGUACUUUAUGUAAUAAAAUAACUUUCUUUUGGCAAA